AUACCAAAACUCCUUACCAGCGAAAUGCGGUGGCAAGUGUUACACAGUUGUACACUGGUGCAUACGCAUAGCCUUACGCCUGACCCCCUGCUGUAAUCGCGAUGACCCUAUUGAGGCAGCUUAACCUUGAACAUUUGCAAAAAUCUUCUAGAGAAACUUUCCUUGAGCUACUCUAUGUAUAGCAGAUUCUUUGAAAAAGAAAUGGAUAAAAAUAAAGUUGACCUGGAAGAGUACUGACAAAGGUAGGAUUUAAGAAUCCUAAGAUUAAAGAAGCAUGGCAUUGAUGGGGACAGUGAUCAUGGCUUUUCUUCUGCAUAGCACACCAAGUAUUCUUAAAGCUCUUUUUUACAUUUUAGACACAGAAGUGGCGGGUAAUGUUUUCGAUGUGUGUGUGACAUGCCACCCCAAUGCCACCUGUGAUCUGAAGACAGAUGGAAGUGGGGGCUAUGCCUGUAACUGCAUGUAUGGCUUUGUUGGCAAUGGAAGAACUCAUUGUGAAGACAAGGACGAAUGCCAGAUUGGUGCAAACUUCAUCUGUGGGGAUCAUACAGCCUGUCACAACACCCAUGGAAGCUACUAUUGCACCUGUCUAUCAGGAUACGCUCCCACUAACAACAUGCCCGUUUUCAUUCCCAACGAUGGCUCAUAUUGUCAAGAUAUUGACGAAUGUCAGGUUCAAGGUGUCUGUGGUGAGGGUGGUCUGUGUAGAAACACUGAUGGAAAUUUCGAGUGUGAAUGUCAGAUCGGGUACCAUGUGAAGGGAGGAACUGUUCCGUUUCACCCACACCGAGGAAAGGCCUUUUGUGAAGCUGUUGACUGUGGACCUCCACCUUCAGUCCUGCAUGCUGUUCAGGUCUCAGUGCCGAACACUAGUUAUAGGAGUGUAAUCACCUAUGGCUGUCAAACGGGGUUCCUAUGGCAAAGAGGGGACAACUCAUCCCUUUGCACGUCAGAAGGAAAUUGGACAGGCCCGAGUCUUAUUUGUGAAGAGGUCGACUGUGGUGAGCCCCCUGCUUUUCCGCACUCUAGUUUUAUCUGGAAACACCAGACUAGAAACACCAGGAUGGGAGCUGAGGUGCUUUAUGAGUGUGAGGUGGGCUUUCGUCAUGUUGGACCUGCAAGCAUAACAGUUUGCACAGCUGGUGGGCUCUGGAGCCACCCCAGUCUACAGUGUGAAGAAAUAGUGUGUGGCAAGCCUGCUGCUGUGCCUAAUUCACAUAUGUUGUGGAAUAGAAACAUCAGUGUUGGUACUAACGUGUUUUAUAAAUGCGCGGAGGGAUAUCACAAAAUGGGUACUGGCAACAUGUCAGUCUGUACUGAAAAUGGAUUAUGGAGUGAAGUAACAUUCACAUGUGAAGUAAUGACCUGUGGAGAUCCACCUCGGCUGCCACACACUGGACAGGUGUGGAAUGGCACCACAACGGUUGGCAGCAGUGUUCUAUAUUACUGUAAUGGAGCGUUUUAUUAUGUGACAGGAACUAAUGUUUCUGAAUGUACUACUGACGGUUACUGGACAAAACCAACUGUAACUUGUAAAGAGAUUAAUUGUGGUGUCCCUCCUAUCUGGCCACACACUCAUGUGUUGUGGACCAAAGACACUCGUAUGGGAGCUAAAGUAUUUUAUGAGUGUGAUGUAGGAUAUUAUAAUGCAGGACCUGGAAAUGUCUCAACUUGUACGGUUGAUGGUGUAUGGAGUCCACCAUACAUAGUUUGUCAAGACAUACCAUGUGGAAAUCCUCCUGCUAUCCCCAACUCAAAGAUAGUAUGGGAUCAAAACACCACAUUUGGUGCUAAAGCAUUUUAUGAGUGUGAAACUGGAUACAGAAACGUGGGUCUGGGAAAUGUUUCGGUUUGUUCCACAAAUGGACUGUGGUUGGAACCAUCUUUGAUAUGUCAAGAAAUCAGUUGCGGCCCACCACCAGUUAUAUCUCACACUGACAUGCAGUGGGACAAAACAAGCGGAUUGGGGAGUGUAGUUCAGUAUACAUGUAAAGAUGGCUUUUACCAGGAAGGGGUGCAAAGCUUUUCGACUUGUGCCCCUAGUGGAGAGUGGGGAAUUGCCUCCAUUCAAUGCAAAGAGAUUAAUUGUGGUGUCCCUCCUAUCUGGCCACACACUCAUGUUGUGUGGACUAAAGACACUCGUAUGGGAGCUAAAGUAUUUUAUGAGUGUGAUGUAGGAUAUUAUAAUGCAGGACCUGGAAAUGUCUCAGUUUGUACAGUUGAUGCUGUAUGGAGCCCUCCUAAUGUAGUUUGCAAAGCGAGAUGUGGGCAUGUGCCUGAGCUAGCCCAUGCAGAUCUGGUGUGGGAUAACGAGAGCAUCGCCAUUCACCGCUGUGCGGAUGGAUACUACGCCCACAGCGGACUCACUGUGUCUACCUGUGGGGUGGACGGGAGCUGGCAGGCUGCAACCCUGCAGUGCAGAGAAAUCAGGUAUGGAAUCCGUCAGUUGGAAGUUUUUAAUGAAAGAUGUCUGCGCUGGCUCUCUGAUGGAAAAAAGGAGGAUUACAGAGUUAUAUUUGUUGGCAGUAGAGACUAUCAAAAGCCAUUUGUGGAUAAAAGGAGGGAAGCCUUCAGCUCUCAACAUCUUAGGCCUCAUGUCUGCUUGAAACUGCUGCCAGCUACAAACUACACCAUCAACAUUACGGCUGUGCUAGCUAGAUCCUCCACUGUUAUCACAACCAACACCACAAUCCCAGCUGCCCCAGUACCAGAGGUCAUGUUUAGGGAUGUUGAGGGACCACUGCCUUAUCUUUGGGUGCAUAGGUCUCACCACACUCUGGAUCCAAUCUGUCUGUACGAGGUGUUUGUGCUACCAGUAGAGGGCACUCUGGUGUUUGACUGCAACUCCCCCAAAAGUCCACAUUUCCUCAAAGACAGCAGUUGCCAUGGUGAAUAUGUGGCAGCUCAGAUCCAAGUCAGAGAUGUUGGAAAUGUGCUGAACUUCACUGUUGGGGAUGAACAACACUAUGGAGAGUUUUACAAUGCUCCGUUAGAGAAUGGUAGAGAUUACUACAUCAUAUUGAGGACUACAUGUCGGUGGGGACAGAGCAGUAAACACUCAUGUGUCUUAUGGGCCAAGGCAAGAGGGACAUCCUACAGGAUGAGGAUGUCAGCUCUUGUGGUUUGCGGAACCAUUUCAUUCUUUGGCUUCGCUGUUCUUAUAGGAUAUUUUUUUACUGGAUAUUUCAAGAAUUGAUUGCCGGUGCCAUAAAUUAAGACUUUACCUCAUGUUUUUCUAGAUGUUCCGGUUUAAAUGUUUUUUUAAAUGCAUUUUUGAAUAAUAUUUCAUUAAAGAAACAAACAGA